AUGCGUCGCAUCCCACCAGCGACCCUCUUCGGAGUCCCCUCCUACGACGACAACCAACACCGCUACGAAACCUCGUGGCUCCUCCCGCCGCCGAUCCUCGCGUGUCUGCGCGGCCUGAUCGCGCUGUACAUCUUCACGACCAUCCUCACGGUCUGGGCCUAUGACGGCUCCCACGGUGACCGCAAUGCCAUCGGCCAGUCCUUCAGCUACUUCACCUGGCUGACGUUCUGGGGGCUGCAAUUUUACUUUGUUUUCGCGACUCUCCACACGGCGCUCUAUGCAAGGACGGGGCGCUCGGUGCUGCUGGAUCGUUGGCCGAGGGCCUUGCGCGCACUGCAUGCGCUGCUGUAUGCGACCGUAACGACGUAUCCGUUUCUAGUGACGAUCGUGUAUUGGGGUAUCUUGUUCAAGCCGCCGUGGUUUGUGGAGGUUUUCGAUGCUUGGUCGAAUAUCUCACAACACGGCCUCAACUCCCUUUACGCCCUACUCGAAAUCAUCCUCCCCGCCACGGCACCACACCCCUGGAUCUUCAUCCCCUUCCUAAUCCUCAUUCUACUCUUCUAUCUCUGCGUCGCAUACAUCACGCACUCCACCGAGGGUUUCUACACGUACUCGUUCCUGGAUCCCGGGUCCCACGGCCAGAAGAGCGGCACAGUGACGGGUUAUUGCUUCGGGAUUCUGGCGGCGAUUCUGGUUAUCUUCGUGCUCUCAUGGUUGGCUAUUCGGUUGCGCGUGAGGCUUACGCGUGACAGGAUUAAGCGGUCGCGGUUUGAUACCGGGCUAGAUAGGAAUAAUCUUCAUGUUGCUAGGGUGGAGCAGGUGUCGGAUGGGGAGGAGGCUGAGAGCAAGAUUCCUGUCUAA